UAUUGUCCUCCAUCCAUUCCUCAGUGCUGAUGCUUAUUUUUCUAACUAUAUUAUCAGGGGACCACCGACGACAUCACAACAGAAAUACCCUGCAAGUACAAAAUCUGUGCGCCAGCCGGUGUGAUGGUACAGAGGGAAAACGCUCGUGUUCCACCAGCUAUCCGCGGCUCCGUGCAGGGACUUUUUCCACUUCUCUCGGUUUGGGGAUUUUAACGGAAAGCAUUUGUUCGAUCAGGAGGGAAAGCUGGUUAGCGGAGCAACACCAUGUCAGCCACGUUCCCCGGUUUGGUCCAUGAUGCCGAGAUACGUCAUGACGGGUCCAACAGUUACCGUCUGAUGCAGCUAGGUUGCCUUGAGAGCGUCGCCAACUCCUCGGUGGCUUACAGCUCGUCCUCGCCGCUCACAGCCUACCCCGCGGCGGCUACAGAGUUUGCCUCGCCCUACUUCUCCACCAACCACCAGUACACCCCCCUGCACCACCAGUCCUUCCACUAUGACUUCCAGCACUCCCACCCAGCCGUGGGCCCAGAGGCGUACGGCCUCAACUCUCUCCACUCCGGGCAGUACUACCAGCAGAUUCACCACGCGACCCACGGAGACACAGACUUCAUCAACCUGCACAGCGCCCGUGCGCUUAAGUCCUCGUGCCUGGACGAGCAGCAGCGGCGCGAGCUGGGCUGCCUGGACGCCUACCGGCGCCAUGACCUGUCUUUGAUGACGUCACACGGUGGGCAGUACGGCAUGCAUCACGACCAGAGGCUGCUGCCUGCAGCCGGUCUGGGGCUCCCUCCCCCCGGGGCGGACGACCUGCAGGGCUCCGUGGAGGCGCAGUGCGGGCUUGUGCUCAAUGGCCAAGGCGGCAUCAUCCGAAGAGGAGGAACCUGUGUGGUGAACCCUACAGAUCUGUUCUGCUCUGUCCCCGGCCGUCUGUCCCUCCUGAGCUCAACCUCUAAAUAUAAAGUCACCAUCGCUGAGGUGAAGAGACGCCUCUCGCCUCCAGAGUGUCUCAACGCCUCACUUCUGGGAGGAAUAUUGCGCAGAGCUAAGUCUAAGAAUGGUGGUCGUUGUCUGAGGGAAAAGUUAGAUCGACUGGGACUCAACCUGCCAGCUGGACGGAGAAAAGCUGCCAACGUUACACUCCUCACCUCUCUGGUGGAAGGUGAGGCGCUCCACCUGGCUAGAGACUUUGGUUAUACAUGUGAGACAGAGUUUCCUACCAAGGCAGCUGGAGAACACCUAGCCAGACAACACAAUGAACCCAAGGAGACCAGCGGGCGCAAGAAGAUGGUGCUGGCCACCAAGCAGAUCUGUAAAGAGUUCCAGGACCUGUUGAGUCAGGACCGUUCUCCUCUUGGCUCCUCCAGACCCACACCUAUACUGGACCUGGAUAUACAGAGACACCUCACACACUUCAGUCUGAUCACCCAUGGAUUCGGGACUCCGGCAGUGUGCGCGGCUCUCAGCACCUUCCAGACCGUUCUUAGUGAGAUGCUCAACUUCCUGGAUAAACAUUCUGCCGCCGGGAACCCUGGGAAAACCUCUGGUCAGGAGACUGAAAAGACCGGAACUGUCCGGAAAACCAGCGAGCUGCUCAAUAAAGACGGCAAAGCUGAAAAGACAGAGUAGCCCUUUCC